GAAAAUGGUAUGCUCCCUCCUUCCAAUGGUCUGCACUGUGCUGCUGUGUUUGGUCUUUCCCUCUAGACUCCCGACGUUUAGGAAAGCAGCAGGCUGGAAGUAGUAAUACCAGGCACCAUUGGGAAACAAGGAGGAGGUAUUUCUGUUUCGCAAUCAGCAUCCUGAGUAAGUUAUUUGCCGACUGGAUUGUUUUUUACGAGACCAGAACAAAUAUCGUACGGUUUGGGAAGACAAACGGAGAGGGAAAGCCUCGAAGUUCGCGAACUUCGCCCCCAUCACCUUUAUGGAAACGUAGACUUAUUCUACACAAGGAUGGUUUGGGGGUAGUUAUAUGGAGUCUGAGUUGGAACUGGGAGCAGCUUUCGAAAGGAUAAAGGCGGGAGACACAGUCGAAAAACUUUCCCAGGCGGUGAGCAGGUUGGAUUGUUGUCAAGUAAUCUUUACGCACGGUCUGCGCACACUUAUUUGUUCAAUCCAAGAUGCGCCUGUUGAGCACGUCGUGCGGACGUGACCGCGGAGAAAUCCGAGCGAGAUCACACAUGUCCGGAGUGAUGCAUUUUCUUUUCCUACUCGCGGCCGUGCUGUCCUGUCACGGCUGUCCGGACAAAUGCUUGUGCUUUUCCCAAACUGUAAAGUGCCAAAACCAGGAUUUGGACGCAAUUCCGCAUUCAUUACCGGCCAACACCAAAUUCCUGUUCGUAACAGGAAACAACAUUUCUCAUAUCAGUGUGGACUCUUUCCCCACGCACCUACAAAUGUUAACAGAUCUCUAUCUCAGCGGGAAUGAGAUUGAGUCUGUGGAUGCGAUGGUAUUUGACAACUUGCCCAACCUUGUGCGGCUGGACCUGAGCAAUAACAACAUCCAGACUUUCAGUGGAAGAGCUUUCCCUCUUGAUAACAAAGUGCAGCUCUUGAACCUCAGCAGGUCUUUCCACAGUCACUCCUUCAUGGAUGUGGUGUUAAGCGUCCUACAGAGUGGAAACCUCCUCAAGCUGACAGUGUUGGACCUGUCCAACAACGACCUCGUGAUUCUUCCGGACAACAUAUUCGCCAGCCUUUCCAGCCUGGUCGACCUCAGCCUGCAGAACAGCGCCAUCAUCUCCAUUCAGAACGGGACUCUGAGGGCACCACCGCUGCUUGACCUUGACCUGAGGUACAACAGCCUGAGGGACCUGCCCGCCACUGCCCUGGAAGAGUUCAGACUCAAGCCGGCUCUCCGCAUCCAGCUGGCGGGGAACCCGUGGCGCUGCGACUGCUUCAUCGACAACAUGCUGCUGUGGCUGAAAAACUCCACUCAGGUCAUUGAUGUGCAGAACCAGACCUGCGCCGAACCCGAGGCCCUGAGACGCCAGCCGCUCCUGCAGGUGGAGCAGUCCCAGCUGAAGUGUUCGGGCGAUAUGGACGGCGUGCUGGAGACUUCCUAUGUUUUCCUGGGGCUGGUGCUAGCCCUGAUCGGUGUCAUAUUCCUGCUGGUGCUCUACCUGAACAGAAAAGGCAUCAAGCGGUGGAUGUACAACAUCCGGGAUGCUUGUAGGGACCACAUGGAGGGAUACCAUUACAGGUAUGAGAUAAACUCUGACCCGCGUUUGGCCAACCUGAGCAUCAAUUCGGAUGUGUGAGCGAGGACGGGACACUGUCUGGGAGCCCGCAGUGAGAUAUUAAAUGACUUGUACUGUUAAAAUUUGCAUGAAAGUCUUCCUCCCCUUAACCCUUUUCCCCUCAUGAUGCUAUUCAGAUUUUACAUCUGUCAUACUUAACCCCAAUAACAACCUCCACCACUGCCGCAUGUCCAAUACAAGUACCUGGCAGCUGUGAUGUCAACUUCCGUGUAACAUUGCAUGGACGAUGAAUGAUGAAUUUUUUUGAGAGUUGCAAAGAGUGAUAUGUUCUAUUUUUACUUUUCCUAAAGGAUAAACAAAUGGAGUACAUUGACUUUUAUUAAGUGACAGGAAACACGUACUGCCGGUUAUUGCAUCCUUCUCAUUAUGCCUCUCUCGCUGCAGAGAAAAGCUCGACUGCUUGUUUAUGAGUUUGUUCUUUUUAAUAUGUGAAUUUGUGAUAUACAGUAUGCCUCCUUUUUGGAUGAUUAUAGUGCACAUUGCAUAGUUUUUGGAUUUAGUAGGUGGAUGUAAUUGCUCUUUUUUUCUGUGAAGAUAUUCGGCUAAAUAAAAUGCCUCUGGAUUGCUGGCAUCUGUUUUGA